CCGCCCCCUGGCGUGGCGGGGGUGGGGGCAGGGGAGGGGGCCGCCAUCUCCGGCGGGCUGCGCCGCGAGGGCGGGGGGGCCGGUCCUGCUGCCGCCCCGGAGGGCACCGGGGGGGCGGCUUGGGUCCCACUGCCCUCCCCCGGCUCCGUAGCAAGAAACGAGGACAGUGGCUCUGCACUUGGUGGUGAUGUGCUCACAUCUUGCUUUGUUUUCACCUGAUCAAAGCCGUGCGGAAGGGUGUAUUCCAGUAACUUUCAGUUGUAUUGAGGUUUGGACAGACUUUUGACAGGAUGUUGGGAUUUCUGAAGAAUCCAGUUGUGGUUACCGCAGAGAUAAAUAUGAACCUCUUGGCUUUGACUGUGAUGGGAUUAAUAAGCCGUCUUCGGGGGCUUUCCUAUCCACGGGCUGUAGUCUUUGAUGAAGUUUAUUAUGGCCAGUUUGUUUCCCUCUACAUGAAGAGAAUCUUCUUUGUGGAUGACAGUGGCCCACCUUUUGGCCAUAUGCUGCUAGCUUUGGGAGGUUACUUAGGGGGAUUUGAUGGAAACUUCUUAUGGAACAGAAUUGGAGCUGAAUAUAGUAUCAAUGUUCCUGUUUGGUCCUUGCGACUCCUGCCAGCGCUGGCUGGUGCUCUCUGUGUCCCUUUAGCAUACCAGAUUUUGGUAGAAAUGCACUUCUCCCACUGUGCUGCACUUGGAGCUGCUCUUCUGAUUCUCUUAGAGAACUCUUUGAUCACUCAGUCAAGGUUCAUGCUCCUGGAAUCAAUAUUGAUAUUUUUUAUCCUGCUUGCAGUUUUGUCCUACUUGAAGUUUUACAAUUCACAGAGCUACAGUUCCUUCUCUGGAAGCUGGUGGUUUUGGCUCCUGUUGACUGGAGUAGCUUGUUCUUGUGCAGUUGGAGUGAAAUAUAUGGGCCUGUUCACCUAUAUGCUGCUUUUGGUCAUCGCAGGACUCCACUUCUGGCAUAUGAUAGGAGACCAGAACUUGUCAAAUGUUUCCUUGAUGUGCCAUUUUCUGGCUCGGGGGCUCGCCCUCAUCAUCAUCCCAGUGACAAUGUACCUGUCCUUCUUCUACGUUCACUUGGCUUUGCUGUAUCGCUCUGGGCCUCAUGACCAAAUUAUGACAAGUGCUUUCCAAGCCAGCUUAGAGGGUGGGCUAGCUCGAAUCACUCAGGGUCAACCCUUAGAGGUGGCUUAUGGCUCUCAGAUUACUCUGCGGAAUGUAUUGGGGAAACCCAUGCAGUGUUGGCUCCAUUCUCACAAGAACACUUAUCCCAUCAGGUAUGAGAAUGGCCGAGGUAGUUCCCAUCAACAGCAGGUGACGUGUUAUCCCUUCAAGGAUGUGAACAACUGGUGGAUUGUCAAAGAUCCUGGAAUGCAGCAGCUGGUGGUGAGUAACCCACCUCGACCUGUCAGACACGGACAGAUUGUGCAGCUGGUCCAUGGCAUCACGACUCGAUACCUCAACACGCAUGAUGUUGCUGCCCCUCUUAGCCCCCACUCCCAAGAAGUCUCCUGUUAUAUUGAUUAUAACAUCUCCAUGCCAGCACAGAACCUCUGGAGAGUGGAAAUUGUGAAUCGAGAAUCUGAUACAGAUGUGUGGAAGACAAUUCUGUCAGAAGUGAGAUUUGUUCAUGUGAACACCUCUGCAGUGCUAAAGCUCAGUGGAGCAUCGUUACCUGAGUGGGGAUACCGGCAGCUGGAGGUGGUUGGAGAGAAGUUGUCGAAAGGCUACCAUCAGAGCAUGGUGUGGAAUGUGGAAGAGCACAGAUAUGGGAAAAGCCAAGAGCAGAAAGAAAGGGAAGUGGAGCUCCACUCUCCUACACAGAUGGACAUCAGUAAAAACCUCAGCUUCAUGGCCAAAUUUGCAGAAUUGCAGUGGAAGAUACUAACGUUGAAAAAUGAAGAUACAGAACAUAAGUACAGCUCCUCUGCUCUGGACUGGAUCACAAUGGAUACAAAUAUUGCCUACUGGCUCCACCCAACCUCUGGGGCUCAGAUCCACCUCAUUGGGAAUGUUCUCACCUGGGCUUCAGCUAACGUUGCCACUCUGGUCUACACGUGUUUGUCACUGUGGUACUUGGUACGACGAAGGAGAAGAAUUUACGACAUUCCCGAAGAUGCAUGGCAGCUCUGGGUAUCAGCUGGGGGGAUCUGUGUUGGAGGCUGGGCUGUGAAUUACCUGCCCUUCUUCCUGAUGGAGAAAACGCUUUUCCUGUACCACUACCUGCCUGCCCUCACAUUCCAGAUCCUCCUGAUUCCCAUCGUGUUACAGCACCUCAGCAAUCAUCUCUGCAGAUCUCUACUUCCCAAAAGCAUGUUCAGCGCAUUGAUUGUGGCCUGGUUCUCUUCGGUUUACCUUGUCUAUUGCACGUUCAGCCCUGUGACCUACGGGGAACCCUCUCUGUCGGUUGCUGAGCUCAAGGACUUGCGCUGGAAGGACAGCUGGAACAUCCUUAUCCGAAAACGGUAACACCCUCAGUUGCACUGACAAUCCUGUUACAGGCAAAUGGAACUAUCCUUUAUGCAAAGCCAAGAAUUUAUUGUUAGUAUAAUUGAAAUGCUGGCAGUCUGAUCGAAUAAUUGGCAUUAGUCCAGCUUUAAUUAAAAUAGAAAAAGGAAAAAAAAAGAGAGAAAAUAAAUAAAAGACUACUGUUACAGAAGAGGUUUCAACAGUAGUAGCUGAAGUUGUUAAGAACACACUUCCCUGUCUCUAUUCCUGUUAUGCUCCCCUUUCCACUGUACCUUGGGGGGGGGGGGGGGGAUUAUAAAUAGAUCAUUCUACAUAGAUUAAUGACUUGUUACUAUUAUCUAUGUAUAAUCAUGUGGUAUAACCAUAAUUUCUUUAUAAGCCUAAGCAAAAAAUAAAACAAAUUAGGCAUUAAAAAUGCUGUUGCAGCUAAACUAGCUAAAACAAACCUCCAGGCAGGCCAAGGAAAGUCAGACAAAGCCAAAUAGAUCCUGAGGCCUUGCAGAGUUAGUACAAAGCCUGUGGCCUGUUACUAGCAAUGGCAGUAUUGUAUUUAUUGGGCUACAGGGUUAUACCUCAGCUCGCUUAGGAAAAGGAGCUUUGAGCAAGGUAGAACUGAUAAUGCUGAAAGGAAAUCUGAUGUGACGUGUACAUUUGGGUUCAGGGUAAAACCUUCAUAGAUAACUCAGCCCCUGCCCUGAUCUGCAUCAGCAGAGGAAUUUACAGGGUAGCAGAGACUGCAAGAUAAGGACUGGGUUCCCUCACACAGAACCAUUUCCUGGAGAACAUGGAGUAGCUCACUCUACAUGUUUUCAGUAACUGGUAUAGUACCCAGGCCAGGUUUGAUUUUUUUUUUUUUUUUUUUUUUUCCUCUUCUGGUGGUUGCAGCAGCAGGCUCUUGCAAUAGAGAUCAAAGCUUACUGAGAACAGCCGCAUAGACUGACCAGGGUGUUUUUACUGCAGAGCUCCCUACUGCUCUAACAGAUGCUGUUCAAGGCUGCCCUGAUCCUCUCCCCCACUAGGAAGGUAUGAUCAAACACUAGAUUCAUUCAAAGGAGAGUUUAGUGACUUUUGCUACUCCUUAAAGCUGCCCUGAUAGCUAAUGCUUCAGUGAAGUAGCUCAUGCUCUAAGUUAGUCUGUCACCCUGACCUAAAAAGAGCUCAGCAGCAGUCAGGAAAUGAACUGCUUUCUUUCUCUCUCACUAUUACACAAACAUACCACUGCACCAUGGUGUUCACUAGCAGAUAACCAACCUCUACCACUUUUUAUUGUGUUGAAGAUGCUAAAGAGAUGACAGUGCAGACUGCAUUUUUAUUCUUUUCUCUAAAGCUUCAGCCAUUACAGAAAUAAAGCUAAGUCUGAGUUGACCUUUGAGAGAGAAAGAACUGUUGAGUAUAACAACACCUCCAAAAAUGUUCCUUCUUGUAUGUUUGUGUUGUUGUAAUAAAAGUAGCACAAACAUCUUUUAUAUAAAAUGGUCAUUUCCGCUCA